AUGGAUUUGGUAGCGCUUUUGCCGGGAAGCUUUCGAAAUGCGCGUUUGGGGGAAUCCGGAGACGCAGGCGAGGCAGGUGGGGAGAUGAUUGAUCGAGGGUUUUGUUUUGUUUCGUUUUUUACUGACUUUAGAAAAUUAUACAGACAGCAAAACGAAGAAGCCUAAAUUCACAUUGCCUUCUACCGAUAAGAAAUAAUAAUUAUUGUCCCUGUCUAUCUUCUCUUUUGAGAUUCUUCCACCUUCUAAAAGGGACUGGAAGGUGCUUAAAGGAUACUUGCAAAACCAUAUUGAGAAAUCAGAAUAAACAAGUUCCGUUUUAAAUACUGGAAUACUAAAUAAGAUGGAUAACAAGGUGUAAUAGAAAAAGAAGCAUGAAAUUAGGUUAAAGGUGUGUGAAAGAAAGUAAUAGAAGUGGAAAGAAAUUGCAAUUGAGUAGAUUGGAAGUCUAACACAAAGGUGGGGUGAGGGGUGGUGGAUGGUGAUGGGAAAAGGAAUGAUCUGUGGGAUUGAGUGUAGGUAUGUUUGAACAUUUUUAAGGAUUGUAUGAAAUGUAUGUUUGUAUGUUUGCAAUAUGUGUGUAUUAAUGCUGAAUUAUUUUAACAAUAAAAACUUUUCAAAAUUUUUUAAAAACAUUAUUAUUACCAUAAUGAAAAUACUAAAAAUACAUUUACUUCGCCUUUUGAACUUCUAUUCUGGUUACAAUAUAUUACUAUCCUCUAAGAAUCUAUUAUAUCCUUUGCUGUCCCAUAUAUUAUUUUAUUUCCCAAAUUCAGCCUAACCCUCCCCUCCUCCCCACUGCUUCCUGUGUGAGAUCUUCCCAUCAUAUUUUUUUUCUAGUUGCUUUAACAAAAUAGAAUAACUUGAAAACUGUUAGAUUAUAAUUACUUCUUUUGUCCUUACAGGCUUAACAAUUGCCUAUUAAGAGUUCUGCUUUAACACCAUAUUUCUUCAUGUAUUCCCCUCUGCAUUCCCAUUCUGUAUAGAAUUUUUGAUUGGAGCAGCCCAGGGGUAUUUUAUUUUAUUUUUAUUUUUAUUGCAUUCAUAUUCCUCCUCCUUCCUCCAAGGACUUCAAGGGGCAUGCAUGCUUCUCCCCCUUCUCCUUUUACUAAUCACAACAGCCCUGUGAGGUAGGGUAGGCCAGCGAGGCCCAAAGACACACCCAGUGAGCUUCAGGAUGGCUGAGUGGGGAUUUGAACCCUGGUAUCUCAGGUCCUAGUCUGACAGGCUAACCACUAUGCCACACUGCUGCUGCCUAGAGGGGUGUAACAGACCUUGCUGGGAGUGGUCAACAUUCUUCUGUCUUCCAAAUUACAUGUGAUUUUUAGCGUUUUGGUGUCCAGCUUUAGCUUAUUGCUUCUAUUUUAUUUUUUUCCUUAAUUUUUAAUUAACAAUUUCAACAUACAGUGGUGCCUCGCAAGACGAAAAGAAUCCGUUCUGUGAGUCUCUUCGUCUAGCGGUUUUUCUGUCUUGCGAAGCAAGCCCAUUGACGGAUUAGCGGAUUAGCGCUAUUAGCGGCUUUAGCGGCUUUAGCCGCUUAUCUGCUUAUCCGAUAAGCUGAUAAGCGGCUUAACGGCUUAGAAAAAGGGGGGGGAAGGGAAAAAAAACCGCAGGAACUCGCAAGACAUUUUCGUCUUGCGAAGCAAGCCCAUAGGAGCUUCGUUUUGCGAAGCACCUCCAAAACGGAAAACUCUUUUGUCUAGCGAGUUUUCCGUCUUGCGAGGCAUUCGUCUUGCGGGGCACCACUGUAAUAUAUCAAAACAUAUCAUAUUCAUUAUUUUCCCCCUUUUUCCCCAACCCAUCAAACCCACCCUCCCCCCGCUGAGACUUCCCUCUGUUCCUCUCUGAUUUCUCAACCCAUGUCGCUCUCUGCAUAUUAUAAAAUUAUUUCCAUCCUUAUAUUAUCUAUUUACCAUGUUACCAAUCAUUAAAUUUGUGUAUGUUUAUUCAAAACCUGCCAAGGAGUCUAAUUCAUUUUGUUGUCUUUUUAAAUACCGUAUUUUGCGCCCCAUAGGAGGCACCGGCCCAUAGGACGCACCUAGUUUUUUGGGGGGGAAAUAAAGAAAAAAAAUUAUUUCCCCCCCAGGUGCGGGGCUGGAAGAACCAGGUCGGGGAACAGCGGGAAGGCGCGCUCCGCCUCCCCGCUGUCCCCCGAGCUUGUGGGGCUGGCGAUGGGGAGAAGUGCGCUGAGCCCGGGACUGCAGGCAGCUCUGCGCGGCCAUCGGGAGCCGGGCGGGACUUCGCGCCCCGCUCCCGAUGGCCGCGCAGAGCUGCGCUGAGCCCGGGACUGCAGGCAGCUCUGCGCAACCCUCGGAGCCGGUCUCCCGAGGGUUGCGCAGAGCUUCCUGAAGCCUGGAGAGCGAGAGGGGUCGGUGCACCGCCCCCGCGUGCUCUCCAGGCUUCAGCGAAGCCUGCAUUCGCCCUAUAGGACGCACACACAUUUCCCCUUCAUUUUUGGAGGGAAUAAGUGCGUCCUAUAGGGCGAAAAAUACGGUACUUUGUAAAAGGUUCCCAUUCUUCUUUGAAGUCACAGUUGUCCUUAUCUCAUAGUUUGUAUGUCAGUUUAGCCAAUUCUGCGUAGUUCAUCAAUUUCUCUCGCCACUGUUCCUUUGUCGGGGUUUCUUCGUUCCAUCUUUGUGCUAUCAAGACUCUUGCCGCUGUUGUAGCAUACAUGAAUAAAUAGCUCAUUGCUUCUAGAGCUGCUACUGGCUCCCUGGAAAUAUCCAGAUGCCAAGCCUUAAAAUCAUAAGGCAUCAUUAGGGUCGUCUAGUCCAACGUGCUGCAAUGCAGGAAUCUUGACAUGGUUUUUGAAGGUGGUAGGCACCCCAAACCCUCUGCAGUUUACUUGGUAUGGGUCUUUUAAAAAUAAAAUAAAAUCAUAAUUUCAUUUUAUAAAGAAUUUCUGGGUUGAUGGAUAGGAAACUGCCUUAUGGGACUAUUGGUCAGUCUACCUCUAUAUCGUCCACACUGGUUGGCAGCAGUUCCCCAGGGAUUUCAGGCAGGGUAUUUGUGUGUGUGCAUUGCCAGUCCUCCUUGGACAUGCCAGGGAUUAAACCUAGGACCUUCUGAGUCCUUUCCCACCUAUUUCUGCUCAGAGUGUUGACCUGAAACUUUCCAGGAUGCCUUGUUGUUGUUUAGUCAUUUAGUCGUGUCCGUCUCGUUGUGACCCCAUGGACCAGAGCACGCCAGGCACUCCUGUCUUCCACUGCCUCCCGCAGUUUGGUCAAACUCAUGCUGGUAGCUUCGAGAACACUGUCCCACCAUUUCGUCCUCUGCCGUCCCCUUCUCCUUGUGUCCUCCAUCUUUCCCAACAUCAGGGUCUUUUCCAGGGAGUCUUCUCUUCUCAUGAGGUGGCCAAAGUCUUGGAGCCUCAGCUUCAGGAUCUGUCCUUCCAGUGAGCACUCAGGGCUGAUUUCCUUCAGAAUGGAGAGGUUUGAUCUUCUUGCAGUCCAUGGGACUCUCAAGAGUCUCCUCCAGCACCAGAAUUCAAAAGCAUCAAUUCUUCAGUGAUCAGCCUUCUUUAUGGUCCAGCUCUCACUUCCAUACAUCACUACUGGGAAAACCAUGGCUUUAACUAUACGGACCUUUGUUGGCAAGGUGAUGUCUCUGCUUUUUAAGAUGCUGUCUAGGCUUGUCAUUGCUUUUCUCCCAAGAAGCAGGCGUCUUUUAAUUUCGUGGCUGCUGUCACCAUCUGCAGUGAUUAUGGAACCCAAGAAAGUAAAAUUUCUCACUGCGUCCGUUUCUUCCCCAUCUUGCCAUCUCAUUUUUGACCACAUCCAGCUUACCAAGGUUCGUGGUUCUUCCAGGAUGCCUUACUGCGUGUAAUAACAUGUCUGGCUGUGCUCCUAGCAGGAAGAGCAUGCAGCCUGGUCUCUGUUUCUGGAGCAAAGGUGAAACUUUUCGUUCUUAUUCCUAUAAAAAUGUCUUUAACUGCUUACCUAAAGAAAGAAAGCAGUGAAAGCUCCAGGCAUGCUUGCUCAUGCUGUUGGGCAGUGCUUUUUUCCCUUAAAAAAAAAUGUUUAGGUGUACCCUGCUUUUCCAACUCAUAUUGAAAUACUGCCCCUCAAUGAGGCCAAACCUAGAAUCACAAAAUGUUUAGGGGUGUGCGUACCCCCAGGAAAAAAAGCACUGAUGUUAGGUAUGUUGGCUAGCAAAAUGAAACCUCCAUGUUCUUGGGCAGUCUAUCUUGGAAUGCCAGAUGCUGCAACAGGAGGGAAUGGGGGAAGCUAUUGCUUUCAUGCUCUGUGAAAUAUACUCAGAGUCGCAAAGUGAUUUCAUGCUCUACAGAGAAAAAUGUCUUGUCUUGUUUCUUACUCUGUAUUGUCUACACUGAGUCCAAAGUUUGAAAAGAGUUUCUUCCACCUCUCCUCUCCUGGGAGAUGCUGGGGCGUGAACCAAGGACUGCCUGAAUGCAGGGCAGUUGCUCUGUGGUGGCCAAACUUGGCCCUCCAGCUGUUUUGGGACUACAAUUCCCAUCAUCCCUAACCACUGGUCUUGUUAGCUAGGGAUGAUGGGAGUUUUAGUCCCAAAACAGCUGGAGGGCCAAGUUUGGCCACCACUGCAGUCUAUGCUGAACUAUAGUAAAGGUAAAGGGGCCCCUGACCAUUAGGUCCAGUCGUGGCCGACUCUGGGGUUGCGGCGCUCAUCUCGCUUUAUUGGCCAAGGGAGCCGGUGUACAGCUUCCGGGUCAUGUGGCCAGCAGGACUAAGCUGCUUCUGGCAAACCAGAGCAGCGCACGGAAACACCAUUUACCUUCCUGCCGGAGCGGUACCUAUUUAUCUAUUUGCACUUUGAGGUGCUUUCGAACUGCUAGGUUGGCAGGAGCAGGGAGCUCACCCCGUUGCGGGGAUUCGAACCGCCGAUCUUCUGAUUGGCAAGUCCUAGGCUCUGUGGUUUAGACCACAGUGCCAUCCGAUGCUGAACCCUUCCCUAUAUUGGGGGAUGGAGAGAGCCUGUGAUUGACCACUGUGGGAAAAUCACAUGCUGGAUCCCAUGAGCCUCAAAGUCUCAUCCUGAAGGGCUACUUCUAUGGUUUUUUUCCAAGGGCUGCCUUUGCUGGAAUAUACCCCAAACAAUUGGCUAUCUUGGUCUAUUGUGGAGCCAGAUAGAAUAAUCUUUGGAAAACAAUAGCUUUCAACAGGGCAGCAGUGCUAUUGAAGUGCUAUUAAUUACCUUUAUGGGACACCCCCCGCCCUUUCUCCCAAGGCUCGUUGAGCAACAGGGAAUGUGAAUUUUCCCCUUUCCCCUUAAUUUUGGACAAAGGACCCAGCUGGAGAAAAUGUCUCCCUCUUCACUUUCCCCCUAAAGUUUUCCCGUUAGCAGCAGCAGUUUAUGGUCUGGUUCCCCACCAUCACCACCCAAUGUCUGCGUAUUUUUCUAGGUGGCAUCCUGUCUGCAGACCAGAUGGUUUCUUUGACUUAUUAGUAAUUUGCUGCAAAAGACUCUCUAAGCCACUUACAAAAAAUUAACAGCCGAAGGCACAGCAUAAAAGAAAAGAGAAUACAUUGCAACGUGAAAUCAUUAACAGGGUGUGUCAUUUUAGGGGGCGAAACUUACUUUUUGCAAAUUUAUUCAGCGGGAGGGGGGGCUUAAAAUUUGUUUUUGGGUGUGAGAAAUUCAAAUCCGCUAUUAUUUUUGUGAUGCGACAUUUAGCUUGCUACGUCUAGGCUGGAUGAAGAAGCACAUAAACUGCUUUCGGAAAACAAAGGCAUUUUGAUUUUGCCUUUUGAAAAUGUCAUGCAGUGCUAAAUAAUAAUAAUAUACAAGAUAACUGCAAGUACUUGGCAAUCAUUUUUUAUUUCUAUGCGUUUUUUUGCAUACAUUUUACUUGCCAAGCAAAACUAAAUUAUAUUGAUUUAAUAAAAAACCAAACACCUUUUGAAUUCCCCAGUCAUGUUACAACUUCAUAAAGGUAAAGGGACCCCUGACCAUUAGGUCCAGUUGUGACUGACUCUGGGGUUGUGGCGCUCAUCUCGCUUUAUUGGCCGAGGGAGCCGGCGUCCAGCUUCCGAGUCAUGUGGCCAGCAUGACUAAGCCGCUUCUGGCGAACCAGAGCAGUGCACGGAAACGCCGUUUACCUUCCCGCUGGAGUGGUACCUAUUUAUCUACUUGCACUUUGACGUGCUUUCGAACUGCUAGGUUGGCAGGAGCAGGGACCGAGCAAAGGGAUUUGAACCGCCAACCUUCUGAUCAGCAAGCCCUAGGCUCUGUGGUUACAACUUCUUAGCAGCCCUCAUUUUUCGUAAUUUGAAAGCUGGAAAAUUCAACACGCCCAGCUCCGUCAGUAAAAGCGUGAGACUCUUAAUGUCAGCGUUGUGUGGGUUUGAGUUCCACGUAGAACAAAAAGAUUCCUCCAUUUCAGGGGUGUUGUACUAGAUGGGUUCCUUCCAGCUCUAAAACUCUGAUUACAGUGACCCACAUACAGACCUAGCAAAACUUUAGCAUCAGGAAACGGCAACAAACCACAAGAUACGUGGAAUCAUAGAACUGCAGGAUAAUAAACUGUUUCUAUAUGCAAUAACGGCAGCAAGAGUACUAUUGGCACAGAAAUGGAAAGAAGAAUUACUGACGAAAGAACAACAGCAGACAAAAUUAAUGGACUAUGCAGAAUUAGACAAGAUGACAGGAAGGAUUCGAAACCUGCGGGACCAGAGAUUCUCAGAGGACUGGAGUAAAUAUGUGAGCUAUAUCUGAAAAGCAAUUGUAAUCAACAGAUUACGCUAGUAGGAUUGCAAGAAGUUUUGUAAGGAGGACUAUGUGAAAUAUUGCAGAGAAAAGUAUGAAGAGAACUGUUAGUGAAGGACUAUUAAAAGUAAUAGUGAAAUUAAGGAAAUGCAGAUUAAGUGAUUGAUGAUAAUGGUAAUAAUAAUAAUAAUAAUAAUAAUAAUAAAGUUUGAAAAAUCUUCAGAUGUGGUUGAUGGAAGUCCAAAACAUUGAAUAAGAUGGGAAAAUACAUUGUAAUAUUUUUUUUGGAAAUUUCAUGUAAAAAUUAAUAAAAAUAUUUUUUAAAAAAAUCAUAGAACGGCAGAUCUGGAAGGGACCCUUGGGUCAUCUAGUCCAACCCUCUGCAAUGCAUAUAUCACUGUCCUUGUCUCUCCCUUGCAGGACACCCUCUGAAGAUGCUGCUUCUUGAUCGCUGGGCCUUCUGCCUCUCGCUUCUCCUGCUCCUGGUUGUGCCCUCCUCUGGGUUUUUCGGCUGGCUCACUCGAAGUGGAACCCCAGAAAAAGCCCCUGUGCCCCCAGCACCCCCUCCGGACCCAGCUCACCUGUCCCAUGUGCCUUUUGAGAUGACCACGGCAGAUGAGAGGUUCUUAGCUGAGGCCCGGCGGCUGGAUCUCUCGCCCCUGGACUCCUGCCACCAUAAGGUCCGCCUGCAGUUUAUAAACAUCAGGGUGGUCUUCUCCCUGCAGUACGGGCCAUUUGUGUGCCAUAGUGGAGGUUUGCCCCGGAGUUUUCUGCUCUGCAUUCUACAACGGAUCGUAGAAUUGUAGAGUCGGAAGGGGACCCUGAGGAUCAUCUAGUCCAACCCCCGCAAUGCAGGAACACGCAGCUGCUCCAGGGGAUCGAACCUGCGACCUUUGCAUUAUCGGCACCACGCUCCAAACAACUGAGCCAUCCAGGCCCCAAUAAUAAUACAGUGGAUGCCCGGGUUGCGAACGUGAUCCGUGCGGGAUGCACGUUUGCAACCGACAGCGUUCGCAACCCGUGUCUGCGCAUGCGCAGGUUGUUAUUCGGCGCUUCUGCGCAUGCGCAGGUUGUUAUUCGGCGCUUCUGCGCAUGCGCAGGUUGUUAUUCAGCGCUUCUGCGCAUGCGCAGGUUGUUAUUUGGCACUUCUGCGCAUGCGCAGGUUGUUAUUCGGCGCUUCUGCGCAUGCGCGACCGCCGAAACCCGGAAGUAACCCAUUCCCGUACUUCUGCGUUUCAGCAGUCCACAACCCGAAAAAACGCAACCUGAAGCAUCUGUAACCCGAGGUAUGACUGUAAUUAUUAUUAUUAUUAUUAUUAUUAUUAUUAUUAUUAUUAUACCCCGCCCAUCUGGCUGGGUUUCCCCAGCCACUCUGGGCAGCAUCCAACAGGAUAUUAAAAACACAAUAAAAGGUCAAACAUUAAAAACUUCCCUGAACAGGGCUGCCUUCAGAUGUCUUCUAAAACUUAGAUAGUUGUUUAUUUCCUUGACAUCUGAUGGGAAAGCGUUCCACCAGGAGGGCGCCACCACCAAAAAGGCCCUCUGCCUGGUUCUCUGUAGCCUCACUUCUCGCAGUGAGGGAACCGCCAGAAGGCCCUCGGAGCUGGACCUCAGUGUCUGGGCUGGACAUGUGGGUCGAGACGCUCCUCCAGGUACAAUUCCAAAGAAUUACAGAAGCUUCCUUUUUCUAUAGUAGUGCUCACGAAGCAUGUGCAGACCUAGAAUAAAAUCAGAUUAUUGCAUUGCCUCUAAAUGUCCAUUGUGGAAUAAUAAUAAUAAUAAUAAUAAUAAUAAUAAUUUAUUACUUAUACCAAACCCAUCUGGCGGGGUUUCCCCAGCCACUCUGGGUGGCUGGGUUGUCUCAGAUUACAAACACCAACUUUAUAUUCCCUUUUGCACUAAAGUACUGUAGCAAAACAGGAGAUACCCCCCCCCCCCCUUUCGGCCUGGUUAUUUCCCUUCUCUCUCUUACCUUCAUUGCUAGGUGGUUGCACAGCUUCGGUCGUCUUGCACGGACCUGACAGAAGAGGACCUGGCCAAGCUGAGUGUCUCCCUGUUCAACUGCCAGGCCAGCGUCGAAGGACGUGGGACUUACCUGUGCACUGCCGACAUGGUACCUAAUCCGGUUUGGGAACCUACCUAGAAUCUUACUGUAAUAAAUGGAAAUCUGCCCUUAUUCCCUUAUGGGGGACACAAGAGCCCUUAUAGAGUCCUUUGCAGGUUUUCUAUCGGUCGGAGAAAAUAACAGAGGCCAACCAGAGAAUACUGAGAAGCAAAGCAGCUAAGAAGCCUGAUCUUUAUUAACUGUUGCAACAGGGUGAUCCCUUCACACGCAGGAAAGGAGGAGGACCCAGAGCCCAGGUGUGCCCGCCCUUAUAUAGACAUUUUAAAUUGCCCGCCCUGGAGUUCAAGACCACCCCCAGACACAUCAUACCUCCAUCACAGAAAAGGCGGUCUACAACAGAAAUCUGAGUGCAUUGUUUAUCUCCUGUCUGGCAGGUUACCUGUUAAUGGUCACUUGAUUGGAUACCCUGGGGAGCCUGUCCAGUCUUUUGUAGUGACAAAUACUUAGUUCCUGAGCCAGGUCACAGGCUCACCCUAUUCAUGCACAGACCCUUAAGACAGGUUUUGUGAAUUAAAAGACAAUGGGGAGGCUUUUCCAUUUUCCUUUGACCUUGCAGAGAAAACAUUUGGUCAGUUUGAGAGCCAAAAUGGCUCCAGGGCUGCCCUCCUGUGCUGCCUCAGACAUGUGGCCCAUACAUUUAUGUACGUGUUUGCCUGGCACACCCAUGAACAUUUAUUUUAUAUAUAAGCCUUAAUUUUUUUAUUUCAUUACGAAGCAGCACCUGCCUACAAAAACAGCUGCUGGAGGCGUGGGCAGCAGCCGUACCUCCUUUCCCAGAGCUAUGAUGGCUGCAUUUCCUUGUUUUAAUGACCUGGUUCAGACAGCAAGGGUGAGGCUGAUGCCCCGUUACGUAAAUAAAAUUAAAAUUAACCGAUCUAAACAGAGUUGCAUGAAUUCUGGGGUCUCGGAUGAGCUGUAGGGUUCCCGCAAUGAUUCAUUCAAUCGCGAUCUGCCGGUCCCUUUCUGUUCUCCCAACAGACUCUAGCAGAAUGCACGGCGGGGAUGGAUCCAGACACCUGGAACGCCUACCACAUCGUGAGCAACCGAGCCCGGGCUGUCUGCUACGCCACCCGUCAGAUGCAGUUCAAGCGCCGAGCAGAGCACACCGUCAACGCCUUGGUCUCCACUGCCGUCAGCCAGCUGGAAGCGAUGAAAAUGCUUAAGGCUUGUACUGCUUGGGAUUUGAUAUAUAUAAAAAUUAGGAUCUUCCUUGGGGGGCUGGAGGACUAUCUGUGGCUUAGGACCCUUGUAUCUAUGGGACUGCCUCUCCUGGUCUGCUCUGCAGAGGACCUUAAGGCCCAUGAAUAAUCAUAGUUUAGAGGUCCCGGGCCCUAAGGACGUCAGACUAUCCUCCACCAGGGCCAGGGCCUUCUCAGUGAUGGCUCCGACCUGGUGCAAUGCUCUGUCCCAUGAGACCAGGGCCCUUCAGGAUUUAACCUCCUUCCGUUGGCCUGUAAGACAGAGCUAUUCCGCCUGGCCUUUAAUUUGAAUUCCGCCUGAUCUUUUAUUUCCCUUCUCUUCCCUCCCCUUUUAUGAAGAUCACCCGCUCUGAGACCCCACAGCUAAUUCUCCCCUGGUCUCCUCGCUGGCCCAAGUAGGACCAAUUCAGCCAGCUAGCCCUGGGGAUUAUCUAAUGCUUAUUUCCCCUAAAUUGAUUUUUGAAUUUUAUUGUUAUUCGUGUUUUUAUACUAUAUUUUAUGCUGCUUUUACAAUUAAGUGUUUUAACCCUGGAGAGCUGCUGCCGGUCCAUGCAGACAAUAUUGAGACAGGUGGAGCAAUUUAUGGAUUCUGUCGUUGGGUAGCUUUAUCUAUUCUUCCGUUCAGCUGCCUCGCUUCUUCUGACGCUCCUUAUUCUCCGACUUCCCUCCCCUGCAGAGCGGGCAGGAGGAGCUGAAGGAGCUGACGUCGGAAUCGCUGCAGAAAGUGGCCACCAGCCAGGAGGCGAUCCUGGCCCAGCAGGAGAAGUUGCAAGGCAGCCAGGUGCAGAUGGAGGAGUCCAUCCACGACAACCUGGACCAACUGGUUCGGGAGAAGGCUCUGAUUGCCAGCGGGCAGCAGCAGGUGGCAGAACUGAUCGAGGGCAUCACAAAGAGGAUGGGUAAUGAUAAUAAGAAUAAUUUAUUAUUUAUACCCCGCCCAUCUGGCUGGGUUUCCCCAGCCACUCUGGGCGGCUUCCAACAGAAUAUUAAAAACAAUACAGCGUCAGACAUUAAAAACUUCCCUAAACAGGGCCGCCUUCAGUUGUCUUCUAAAGGUCUGGUAGUUGUUCUUCUCUUUGACAUCUGGUGGGAGGGAGUUCCACAGGGCGGGUGCCACCACCGAGAAGGCCCUCUGCCUGGUUCCCUGUAACUUAGCUUCUCACAGUGAGGGAACCUCCAGAAGGCCCUCGGUGCUGGACCUCAGUGUCCGGGCAGAACGAUGGGGGUGGAGACGCUCCUUCAGGUAUACUGGACUGAGGCCGUUUAGGGCUUUAAAGGUCAGCACCAACACUUUGAAUUGUGCUCAGAAAGGUACUGGGAGCCAAUGUAGGUCUUUCAAGACUGGUGUUAUGUGGUCUCGGCAGCUGCUCCCACUCACCAGUCUAGCUGCCGCAUUCUGGAUUAAUUGCAGAAGGAUGUCAAUGAAAUAGGGUUGCCAUAUUUCAAGGAGUAAAAAAUCCGGACACAAAAGUUGUUGAGCUUUUUCUGCCAAUUUUUCUGAAAUUCCCUCCAUGUGCUGUUUUCGCAGUUUAAAUCCCGGACAUUUCCGGAUGUAUGGCAACUCUGUCCUGAAGGGAGAAUAAACAGCCUAAGGCCAAUGGAGGCUGGAAAGCAGGGCUGUGGGCAGAGGCAGACCUCUGCUUCUAAGUCUGUUUCAUAUUUUCUAAGAUGCUGAGCCUGUCCUGGACAGUGCAAGACAUUGCAUGGAUAUUUUGGAUGCAUCAUUUGAUGUUUCUGUUUUACUCUGAAGAGUUCUGCAAGUAAAAUUUUGAAUAAUAUUUUUUAUGGGCCUGCACAACGAUUUCUUCCAAAAGGAGUCAGUUCUUAGGCUUCCAGUCACUUCAGACUGAGCAGUAUUACUAACUGCGAUAUCAGUGGGCCCCAAAAAACUCUGCAAAGCCUUGUGUCCUCCAAGGCUUGCUCCCAUUGUCUCUGGGGGUGCAGGGUUAGAGUGCCAAAUCCUGCCUUGGGAGUUCAUGUUUUGACCCUAUAGAAAGGACCUUUCUGGCUUUGGGGGGGGGGGGGUCAAUCUCCAGACCUUACUUACCCAUCACUGAAAUAAAUGGGGCAUGUUUGGCUUUCAGAGGUUCUCAACUUGUGGGUCCCCAGAUGUUGUUGAACUACAACUCCCAUCACCCCCUAGCUAGCAAGGCCAGAGCUCAGGGAUGAUGGGAGUUGUAGUCCAACAAAAUAAAUUAUUUCAUCUCCUUGAAUGCACAUGUCUUGAGGCAAUGUAAGAAAUGCAAUGAAAAUGGCUACAGAAAAGAUGAAAACACAGAAAAUAAGAGCAACUAACUUUAAAAGCUGUACACACAGCAGAGACCCUGGGAAGACUUGGCAGAACAGAGAUGUCUUCAAUUUCUGCAGAGCUGGAAGAGACACAAAGGGCCAUCUAGACCCCUGAUAGGGUUUCAGGGAAGGGCAGAUAGGGGGUGCUCGUCAUAUUGCGACAUAAACUGCGGUUUGUUGGGUAUCGCAGCAGAAAUUCCAAAAAGCAAGGGCUGCCCGUGUUCCUCUCUGUUAUGUACUGAAGUUCUCACCCUGGACCAGCAGGGGGAUACUGUAGGUAGUUUUUACUCAGGUCCACAUAUGCAAAUAAGGAAUUGAAAGGGACUUUCAGUGAUUGGAUAGUUACAGAAAGUUUUUACUGUUGCUUUGUAGUUGAGCUCUAUAUAAGCAGGUUGGCUGAACCCUUCAGUUCAGUUCUGUUCUGGCCUGUGAAUAAACAAGAGCUGUCUGAAGAAUCGCUGUGUCGUCUGAUAUGUUCACCCACAACCUAACACUCUCCUUGCAGAAAACGUCAGCCGUCACCUAGAUCAGCAGGACCUGGAGCUGCAAGAAGGUCACAGGGCCAUCCUUGAGGACCUGUCCCAGGUGCAAAGGCGAGCUCAAGAAGUCUACUACAAGACAGGUUGGUGGUGGGAGGUGGCGUUCAAACCCUUCUGGCCACGGAGCCAAGACUGCCUCUCCGCUUGCGCUCUGAACUCGGUCGUUUCUCUUCCCCCUCCGCCCUCCAUCCCAGAAACCAACCUGGGCUUGUUCGCGGCCUACCAGAACCAGACGGCCUUGUAUUACGAGGAGCUGAUGCAGAAGCUGCAGAAGAUGAACCAGAGUCUGGGAGUGUUGCUGAACGCCAUGGACCGGAUGCAAGCGAGUGUGGACGGGCAGCUGCAACACAUUCGGAGGUUCAUCAGCUGGGCAGGUAAGACGAUUUUGGGAGGGCAGAGGCAGGAGGCUGAAUCGAGCAAAGUUGAUUCAACGCCUUCCGAUUGUGCAAGGAAACUCCCCUCUCUUUUCUCCGCCCCAAAUCUGAUCUCGGCAGAACUCCAAAGAAGAUUUGGGGCUUGCGGGAGAAAAGGGGUCAGGUUCUCAUUUUGAUUUCCGUUUCAUCACUUCCCUGGCAGCCUCUGAUCUCCACAGGCAGGUCAAAGCUUCAAAUGUUGUCCAGGGUUGUAAAGACUGCGGAGAGAAUAAUUGGGUGCACUCUUCCCACCUUGGAUCAAAUCUAUGCUUCCAGGUGUCAUAAGAAAGCUGCAGAGAUAGGGCAGGAUAGUGCGCACCUCGGAAAUGACCUCUUUCAGCUUCUGCCUUCUGGAAGAAGGUACAGGGUUAUAAAGACUAGGAUUAGCCGCCUGAGAAACAGUUUCUACCCAAAUGCGAUUUUAGAUUUAAACACAGUGUAAAGUAGUCUCUAGGGAUACGGGUGGCGCUGUGGGUUAAACCACAGAGCCUAGGACUUGCUGAUCAGAAGGUCGGCGGUUUGAUUCCCCGUGACCGGGUGAGCUCCCAUUGCUUGGUCCCUGCUCCUGCCAACCUAGCAGUUCGAAAGCACAUCAAAGUGCAAGUAGGUAAAUAGGUACCGCUCUGGCGGGAAGGUAAACGGCAUUUCCGUGCGCUGCUCUGGUUUGCCAGAAGCGGCUUAGUCAUGCUGGCCACAUGACCUGGAAGCUGUACGCCGGCUCCCUCGGCCAGUAAAGCGAGAUGAGCGCCGCAACCCCAGAGUCGGCAGCGACUGGACCUAACGGUCAGGGGUCCCUUUACCUUUAAGGUAGUCUCUGUGGGAGUAUAUUGUAUUUAAUGAUAGGGUAUCAGAGUUUUUAGGGGGCUAACCAGGCUGGGAUAGCUGGGAUAGCAGGCUUGUUGGUUUUUGAAUGUCUGAUGUAGAUUUUUUCAAUUUCGUUGUUCUGUAUGGGACUAUGACAAUAAAGACUAUUGUAUCAGUAAGGUAAAGGAACCCCUGACCAUUAGGUCCAGUCGUGGCUGACCUAUUUAUCUACUUGCACUUUGACAUGCUUUUGAACUGCUAGGUUGGCAGGAGCUGGGACCGAGCAACGGGAGCUCACCUCGUCGUGGGGAUUCGAACCGCCGACGUUCUGAUCGGCAAGCCCUAGGCUCUAUGGUUUAACCCACAGCGCCAUUGCAAAAUGCAAAGCUUUAAACAAUGCAGAAUCACAACAGCUUAGCAAAUAAGCGAAAUACGGGAAUUAGAGCAUUUUGUGCCCACCUCUGUCUCGCAGGGUUCAGCCUCAGCUCCAUCUAUACCUGUGUCCUGCACGGCAGCUAUUUCCUCCUGGCAGCCCUCAUCAUGACCUUCCUGCAGAUUCCUGGGCUCCCGCGUGCCACGCUGCUAGUUCUCGUCGUGGCCAACGCCCUGUCUGAGCUGAACCAGGCCGUCUCCUUGGGCUUCAAGUCGCUCACCUGCCUCUUAAUCUUGACUGUCGCAGGCAAGCAUGAAGUCUAUGCAACCCAGCAUGUUGGUGUUUAGCAUGUUGUCUUUUUUUUUUUUUAAGUCUUACGUUAUUGUCAGUUCUUCUUAUUAAUGUUAUUAUUUCACUUGCACACUGCUUGAUUAUUAAAAAAAAACCUUAGAGCAGUUGAUUUUAUUGUUUUAUCUUUUUUUUCUAAACAGCUUGGAGGUGAUUCUUCACAAUUAAGGUGUGCAUAAAUUUUAUGAAAUAAAAAAGAUUUGCAGAACGACAAAAAAUUUACUGGGAGGGAAAACUAGAGGGGGGGAAACAGAAACAGUCUAGUGAGUGGUCAGGGGAUUCCAGGAGUUCCAGGUCCAACACAUACUACUACUACUACUACUACUAUUACUACUAUACUAUUAUUUUAAUUAUACCCCGCCCAUUUGGCUGGGUUGCCCCAGCCCCUCUAUUGUGGCUUCCAACACACACAAUAAUAAUAAUAAUAAACAUCAAACAUUAAUAGUAACAAUCAGAUCCUAUAUAAAAAGUCACAAUAACUUUAAACAACUUAUACCAAAUAAAGCAAGAUGCAAUAAUGAAUUAGAAUCCAAUAGUAAACACUAAAAUUAAACACCAGCAAGUAAUAAUUAGACAGCUGACACUUAUCAAUUACAACAAAGAAUUACUCAUCUAUAAUUGGUGAAAACAAAUCACAAUACAAGAAGAUUGAUAUAUUCCAUCUCUUAAGAGAAAACCAGCCGAUUUUCAGUUUUACCAGCACACCAAGUGAAGUGUAUUUUUCACUCUAUAAGACGCACCAGACCACAAGACGCACCUAGUUUUUGGAGGACGAAAACAAGAAAAAAAAUAUUCUGAAUCUCAGAAGCCAGAAGAGCAAGAGGGAUCGCUGUGCAGUGAAAGCAGCAAUCCCUCUUGCUGUUCUGGCUUCUGGGAUAGCUGCACAGCCUGCAUUCGCUCCAUAAGACACACACACAUUUCCCCUUACUUUUUAGGAGGGGAAAAGUGAGUCUUAUAGAGCAAAAAAUAUGGUAGUUCAUCUUCUUUUUAUCUGGCGCUGAGCCCACAGAGUAGAUGAACUGGAAACCUUGAAGUAUGGCAAGUGAUAUUGAUGUGCACUUUCUCUGCCCUUUAGGCAAUGGGCUCCUAGGCACCCUCUGCCUCUGUGCCAUGAAAGGAAGGAGAUGGAAGCCCACCUUGCUGCGUCUGAGGCAGGGGGCAGAAGUGGGCACCCAGGAAGAACAGGUGGAAGGCUCCAGCCGCUGCCGGCUCACCUCCACGCCUGACAGGUAGGAAGGCGUGGCCAGGAACAGGCGAUGCUGCUGGAUAUUGAAAGGUUGGAUUAAGCAGAGCUUGGGUGGCUGCCUGCCAUGGGUGCUUGAGCUGAGAUUCUUGCAUUGCAGGGGGUUGGGAUGGAUGACCCCAAGGGGUCCCUCCCAGCCCUAAGAUUCUAUGAAACUCUGGAAUACGCAGAUUCUCCGGGCAGAAGAGGGCUGGGGCUCAAUGAUGGAACAGCUGAAGGCCUUUAGAAGGCUCAGUCUCCAUUGUCUCCGAGUAGGGCUGGGCAGUAAAUGCAAAGGGACCCCUGACCAUUAGGUCCAGUCGUGACCGACUCUGGGGUCGCGGCACUCAUCUCGCUUUACUGGCCGAGGGAGCCGGCGUACAGCUUCCGGGUCAUGUGGCCAGCAGGACUAAGCUGCUUCUGGCGAACCAGAGCAGCGCACGGAAACGCCGUUUACCUUCCCGCUGGAGUGGUACCUAUUUAUCUACUUGCACUCUGACGUGCUUUCGAACUGCUAGGUUGGCAGGAGCAGGGACCGAGCAACGGGAGCUCACCCCGUCGCGGGGAUUUGAACCGCGGACCUUCUGAUCAGCAAGCCCUAGGCUCUGUGGUUUAACCCACAGCACCACCCACGUCCCACAGGGCUGGGCAGUGCCCCUGCCUGAAACUGUGGAGAGAUACUACUGAGCUAGAUGCACCAAUGGCCAGACUCAAGAUAAAGCAGCGAGAAAAUGAUUGAUUGGCCUCUCCUCUCCUCUCCGCAGCGAAGGUGAGGUUGGUCUCCUGAAAAGGGAACUGGAGAAGCUGGGAGACUUGAGCUACGCGACAGGUGAGCCGUCCUCAGGUGUGCAGGGCUUUAGGGAGCCAAGAACAAAGGCUUGACGCUGGGGGUGAUGACUUGCAUUCACUGUCCAGAAAGCAGCUCUUCUGCCAACUGUGUUGAUCAGGAAACAUGUUAGAGAAGAGAAUCUGGUUUGUAGCAAAUCUUCCUUUUUUUUUGCUUACAGCAAAGACUGUAGGUGUUGCAGAAUAUAUCCUGUUGUCAUCUGAAUGUGCUUUUAAUAUUCUGUUGGGAGCCCCCCAGAGUGGCUGGGGUAUAAUAAAAUAAUAAUAAUAAUAAUAAUAAUAAUAAUAAUAAUAAUAAUUAAUAAUUUUAUUUUAUCCUGUGACAUGAACUCUAUAUAAUGACUUCUCUAGCCCCAACCUCUGAGGGGUUUUUUUUUUCUGGCUAAGCAGGUAUUUAAAUUCUUCCCCAUCUCUUCAAUGUGUCACAUUGAGCAUCAUGUUUUCCAGUUGUAUAUAAAGCCCUUAGCAACUUAGGAACUCCCUGCUUAUUGAUAUCUUUUUGGUGCCUGCUAAAAGCAUUUUUCUUUAGACAUGCCCACCCAGGUAUUUAGAAAGUUGAUGUGAGUUUUUUUGUCCUAUUGUUGUUUUUGAAGGUCUUGUGUUAUUGCCAUUCAUUUUUCUUACCAAUAAUCUUAUUUCUUUGCAAACUGCUUUGAGGAGUUUGACAAUCAAGCGGUGUAUAAAUCUUAUGAAAUAACUUAAUAAAAUGCAUUUCCAUUCUGGAUUCUGAAGCUUUCAACUUGCAGCACAAAAACGGGUGCUUUCCCUUCCACCUCGAUGAGGACUAGAGGCUUCGCGCUUUAACCUUUGAAGCCGUACUCAGCUGUGUUAGAUAGAUAGAUAAUUUAUUACGGUCGGAGACCAGCUUAUAAAACACACUUGGGGGUACAGUCGCAGAAGGAAAACAAACAAUUAAAACAACGUACAAUGAUAAAUUUGAAAUUUAUAAAUGCCAUAAGCGUAUAGACACUUAAAACUUUGUGUGUUAUGUUUGCUAGCUUUUGCUGGGAAGCUGCGUUUGGUUCCCCCCUCUUCUGAACAGAGAAUACACUGGUCCUUGGAAUUCUGUCGUAAAUGGCAAAGGUAUGUCUCCACCAUUAGCCCCAUCCUAUGCCCAAUAUUUGCAAUCUUUGUGUCGCAGGUGACUCUCACCUGGCGAGUGACUCUCCAAUGAAGGGCGAGAGCAUCUUUCUGGCGGAAGGCACAAUGCAUCCUGCAACGGGCUGGAAGCCUCAGCGAAGCUAUUCCCCUCACCCUAUGAGCCUUCGGCGCCAGAGUCUGACCCGCUCCAGCAGGCAUGAGGUAUUUGGGGAAACUGCUUAGCUGUCUUGUGCUGAAUGUGGGGAGGGAAGAAGUCUGCCUUGGGUGUGUAGUGUUUGGAGAUGUUUCCGGUUCAAAAAACUCACCAACCCUUGAACUUCCGUGGAGUUCCACUUCAAACCCUACUCUGUCCCAUUGUUUUUGGGGACACGAGCAGCUGAGGGAAACAAUCACAAUCUCUUGUGGCAGCGAGUUCCACAGUCCAAGUUGGUGCUACAUUAAUAAUAAUAAUAAUAAUAAUAAUAAUAAUUUAUUUAUACUCUGCUCAUCUGGCUGGGUUUCCCCUGCCACCCUAGGCGGCUUCCAACAAAGAAUUAAAAUACAGUGGUCUGUUAAACAUUAAAAGCUUCCCUAAACAGGGCUGCCUUCAGAUGUCUUCUAAAAGUUUGGUAGUUAUAUUUCUCUUUGACAUCUGGUGAGAGGGCGUUCCACAGGACGAGUGCCACUACCGAGAAGGCCCUUUGCCUGGUUCCCGGUAACUUGGCUUCUCGCAGCGAGGGAACCGCCAGAAGGCCCUUGGCGCUGGACCUCAGUGUCCAGGCAGAAUAAGCACUCCAUUUUGUCAGUUAUAUAAUAAUAAUAAUUUAUUAUUUAUACCCCGCCCAUCUGACUGGGUCUCCCCAGCCACUCUGGGCGGCUUCCAACCAAAUAUCAAAAACAAUACAUUAAAAGCUUCCCUAACAGGGCCGCCUUCAGGUGUCUUUUAAAAGUAAAAUAGUUGUUUAUUGCCUUGACAUCUGGUGGGAGGGCAUUCCACAGGGCAGGCGCCACCACCGAGAAGGCCCUCUGCCUGGUUCCCUGUAUCCUCACUUCUCGCAGCGAGGGAACCGCCAGAAGGCCCUCGGCGCUGGACCUCAGUGUCUGGGCUGGAUGAUGUGGGUGGAGAUGCUUCUUCAGGUAUACUGGACCGAGGCCGUUGUGAAUCUUCCAUCGUUAAGUAAACUUCAGUUGCUGUUGUCGUCAUUCAUUCUAUUUAUAUGUUUUAUCCAAAGAUCCCAGGAAGGUGUACAACAUUAAGAACUUAUUUUAGGUAAAGGUAAAGGGACCCCUGACCAUUAGGUCCAGUCGUGGCCGACUCUGGAGUUGCGGCGCUCAUCUCGCUUUACUGGCCAAGGGAGCCGGCGUACAGCUUCCGGGUCAUGUGGCCAGCAUAACUAAGCCGCUUCUGGCGAACCAGAGCAGCGCACGGAAAUGCCGUUUACCUUCCCGCCGGAGCAGUACCUGUUUAUCUACUUGCACUGGUGUGCUUUCAAACUGCUAGGUUGGCAGGAGGAGGGACUGAGCAACGGGAGCUCACCCCGUCGCGGGGAUUCGAACCGCCGACCUUCUGAUCGGCAAGUCCUAGGUUUAACCCACAGCGCCACCCGCGUCCCACAGAACUUAUUUUACCCAGCAUCAUAAUAAAAAACCACAAUACAGGGCAUAAUAAGAAAGUAUUCAGAACAACACCCACACACAUUUAACAGGCCAUAGAUCAUUGAAUAGCCAAAGGCCUGGGUAAAGAGAAAUACUUUUUCCUGACACCUAAAGACAUGUAACGAUGGUGCCAGGCAAUCCUCUGGGGAGAGCAUCCCACAGAUGGGGAGCCACCACAGAAAAGGCCUGUUGUGAGAGAGGUAGAAAAACCACGUCUUCAGUGAUGGGGAAAGCCAUUUCCUGUCUGUCUCUGUGCAUGCGCAUUAAUAUCUCACUUUUCCUCCAAGGUGUGCUGUGCAUUGUUCCCCUGCUCCCCAUUUUAUGUCCCCAACAACCAUGUGAGGUAGGUUAGGCUGAGAGUUGAGUGACUGGCCCCCAAGGUCACCCAAGUGAGCUUCGUGGCUGAGUGGAGGAUUUGAACCCACAUCUCCUACUCCCAACACUCUUAACUGGUUCUUCUGCCAGAGAUUCUGGAGAGCUGUAUGCAGUCAGAGAAACAUCGCCGGGGUUAGUAAUACAGUGGUACCUCAGGUUACAUACGCUUCAGGUUACAGACUCCACUAAGGCAGAAAUAGUACCUCGGGUUAAGAACUUGCUUCAGGAUGAGAACAGAAAUCGUGCGGAGGCAGUGUGAGGCCCCAUUAGCUAAAGUGGUGCUUCAGGUUAAGAACAGUUUCAGGUUAAGUACAGACCUCUGGAACGAAUUAAGUUCUUAACCUGAGAUACCACUGUAUCGUCUGACUUGGUGUAGCCUCCUGUGUUCUCCUUUGCAAUUUCCCACUCUCUCCAAACACUCUCAUUAAUUUGGCCCUAGCCUUGGGGUAUUUGGGUCGCCUGGCCAUAUGAGUAAUAAUAAUAAUAAUAAUAAUAAUAAUAAUUUAUUUAUAUCCCGCCCUCCCCAGCCAAAGCCAGGUUCAGAGUAGAUGAUUCCCCAAUGCAAAUCUUUCAUUUAAAAAAUAAAUAAAUAAAUCUGCCCACAAAAGGGUUACGCACAAGUUAGGAGCUUCAGUGCCAGAAAUCUGCACGUGCAUGAGUUUGCUCUCUUCCUUGGCCAUAAGGCACCCACCCUCCCAAAGUCUUUUCUCUUCCCAACAGGCCGCUUUGGAGAAAUUCCCCCACCACCGCCUGGACUCAGCCUUCAACUUUCCCAUCUCAAGGACCAGUUCCCCAAACGAGUCCAUGGCCAGCGAUGUGUAAGUAACAAAACCUGACGUGCCCUUUUCUCAGCGGACCGAUACGAUCGACGAGAUCUGUUUCGGGCGUAAUGUCUAAAUGGAGCCUCCACUCUCCGGGGCAGGCUACCUCUGAGUAUCGCACACUGCAGCGUAGCACGAGAAUGUGUGGACGUCCAACAAAGCUGAAUGUUGGGAAGAUUCAGGGUGGAUAAAGGGAAGCACUUCGCCACACAGAUCACAGUUAAACUGUGGAACUCCCUGCCACAGUAGGCGGCGAUGGCCACCAACCUAGAUGGCUUUAAAAGAUUCAACAAAUUCAUGAAGGAGGAAAGGGCUAUGGAUAGUUCCUAGCCACUAUGGCUCUGCCCUCCCUCCACGGUCAGAGGCAGAAAUAAUACUAACACUAAUCAUAAUAAUCAUAAUAAUAAUUUAUUAUUUAUGCCCUGCCCAUCUGGCUGGGCUUCCCCAGCCACUCUGGGCGGCUUCCAACCAAAUAUUAAAAUACAGUAAUACAUCAAACAUUAAAAGCUUCCCUAAACAGGGCUUCCUUCAGAUGUCUUCUAAAAGUCUGGGGGUAGUUGUUGUUCUCUUUGACAUCUGGUGGGAAGAUGUUCCACAGGGCGGGUGCCACUACCGAGAAGGCCCUCUGCCUGGUUUCCUGUAAUCUCGCUUCUCACAGUGAGGGAACCGCCCGAAGGCCCUGGGUGCUGGACCUCAGUGUCCGGGCAGAACAAUGGGGGUGGAGACGCUCCUUCAGGUAUACUGGACCGAGGCUGUUUAGGGCUUUACAGGUCAGCACCAACACUUUGAAUUGUGCUCGGAAACUUACUGGGAGCCAAUGCAGAUCUCUCAGGACUGGUGUUAGGUGGUUUCGGCGGCCACUCCCAGUCACCAGUCUAGAUGCCGCAUUCUGGAUUAAUUGCAGUUUCCGGGUCACCUUCAAAGGUAGCCCCACGUAGAGCGCAUUGCAGUAAUCCAAGCGGAGAUAACCAGAGCAUGCAUCACUCUGGCGAGACAGUCUGCGGGCAGGAAGGGUCUCAUCCUGCAUACCAGAUGGAGCUGGUAGACAGCUGCCCUGGACACAGAAUUGACCUGCGCCUCCAUGGACAACUGUGAGUCCAAAAUGACUCCCAGGCUGUGCACCUCUGAAUCUCUGUUGCAGGAAACCACAUUAAUAUCAGAUAGUUUCUCUAACUGCCCUCUUUAUCACCCAUCUUUCUCUCUGAUAUAUAUUCAUUCCAGGUCCAACUGCUCCCUGACUCCACGCCCACCCUGUCAAGGAGUCACCAGGACCGGACAUCAGUGCAGAAAGAAGGCUGUCCCAGGCCACGUCUUCUGCCACGUCCAUGCUUCUGGUCAGUCCUCCUACACCAGUCAAUCGGGCGCCUGCUUUUAAGGUUCCCAACGGAUGGAUGCUGAGACUCGGCAGAGAUGCUGUUUGUGGGUUCGCUGCUUGGGUACCACCCUUCCUGGUGCUCAAUUUUUGACGAGAGAGGGCCUUCUUUUUAAAAUUACACUUGUUUGCGCUUCUGAAGCUGAACAAACGACAAUCUGAUGUCCCUCUGGAUCCGACUCAACUUGCCCAAGAGAAAACUGGCGUCUGAAGCCCUCCAGAUUAAGAGCACAAACUCCUUCUGUCCUGACUCGUCGGCCUGUGUUGGGUUUAAGGAGCGUGGCUGGAAGGCAAAGCAUUUUAAGGCCAUAGCCACCACCAACUCUUUCCACAAAGGCAGAUCUAAUUGCAUGCAUUGUCCAUCUCUAGCUGCCUUUAGUUCCCACGAUGGUCGUGCUGAACCCAUAAGAACAAUUUUGUCUACUGCCUCGAUCGCAGGUGCUUCUGCAAGGACUUUGAGUGAAAAGUUGUCGCAGACAAUCCAUGUUUCUGCACCGAUUUAUUUUAUGUGAAAGUUGCCAGGUUUACGUUUAAUAAAUGUUUUGACCGAUAGCCUCUGUCUU